AUGUAUUAUGACCAAGAUAUUGGUCCUUGGGACAAUGAUGAGAUUAGACCGAGAUCACGUUGUAAUAACUCGCACACAAGCUCAUUACAUAAAAAUAUUAGUGAUAUCAAAGAAGUUAAUCAUCUAACUCAUUAAACCAACUCUGAAAGGAGAAAUGAACUACCUAGACUUAAAUUAAGUAAUAUUUCCCCUCGGGUGUUGACUAAAAAGUUAUAAAACAAUGAAUCAGUGAGAAAAAGGGAAGACUGGUCAGAAUAGCAUGCUUUUCCCUAAUUACUCUAGAGGAAUGCAUUAUAAUAGAUAAAAAGACAGAAACACAGACAUACCGAGAUUAAGGUGGUUUUAGAAAUCGAGAAAAUUAUUAGAAGGAAUCUAUUUUACAUUCCAACUCACAAACAUUCAAUUUUAGAAUGA